UCUCCUCCCGCCGCCCGGGGGCGGGAGCGCCGGGCCGAGCCAGGCCAGGCGGGCCCGGGGCCGGGGCCAUGGCGCUGCCCGUGCUGUCCAGCUCGGCCGUGAAGUUCCGCCGGGUCCUGGCGCACUUCCCGCAGGAGCUCAGCCUGGCCUUCGCCUACGGCUCCGGGGUGUUCCGGCAGGCCGGAGCCUCGGCCGAGCACGGCGAGACAAAUAUGCUGGACUUUGUGUUUGCUGUUGAUGAUGUUGUGACCUGGCAUAUGACGAACUUGGUAAAGAACAGGAGUCAUUAUUCCUUCCUUAAAUUUUUUGGGCCCAAAAAGAUAAGUACCAUACAGAGAUAUGGAGCAGGAAUUUACUACAACACCUUAGUGCCAUGCAAUGGCAGGAUGAUAAAAUAUGGAGUAAUUAGCACUGAUGCCCUGAUUGAGGAUUUGUUUCACUGGAAAACUCUCUACGUGGCUGGGCGCCUGCAGAAGCCGGUGAAAAUCCUGGCCCAGAAUGAGAACAGCAAGCUGCAAGCUGCCCUUGUCAGCAACCUGAAGAGUGCAGUGAUAGCAGCCUUCCUCAUGUUGCCAGAGAGCUUCUCUGAAGAGGAGCUUUACCUGCAGAUUGCUGGGCUCUCCUACUCUGGUGAUUUCAGAAUGAUAAUAGGGGAAGACAGAUUCAAAGUGCAGAACAUAGUGAAGCCCAACAUUGCCCAUUUCCAGAAGCUGUACAGUACCAUACUCCAGGACUGCCCUCAAGUGGUGUACAAGCACCAGCUGGGAAGGCUCGAGAUUGAUAAAAGUCCAGAAGGUCAGUUUACACAACUUAUGGCUUUGCCAAAGACUCUGCAGCAAAAGAUUACUGCUCUGGUAAACCCUCCUGGAAAGAACAGAGACGUGGAAGAAAUUUUACUGCAAGUUGCCCAUGACCCUGACUGUGGAUAUCUGGUGCAUCAAGGCAUUUCAGCAAUUGUGAGAUCCUCCAGUAUAGUGCAGAGUGCUAAAACCAUCCUGACAGCUGGGGCAAAGAAAUCUGUGACCUACAGUUUGAAGAAAUUAUAUAAGAUGGCCAAGGGAGAGUUAAGGAAGCCAUCCUGAGUCUGUACAUACUGUGUAUGGCAGAUGCUGUGUGGAGUCAGGCCCUGCCCAGCUCCGAGCUGUUUGUCACUGUCACUCUGCCAGAGGAGCCCUCUGUCCCUGCACAGGUGGGACUUUACUGCACUUCCUGUAACCUGAGCUGGCUGUGUUUGUCUUGUGUUGCUCGAUACCCACUGCACGGCUUGGUUUGGCUUUAUGAACUCUGUGCACAGCAAUAUAUGAAGUCGUUUCUUGCUCUUUGGAGCGAGUUUUGCAAAUCCCAGCUCGAUAGUUCCCAGUUCCCUCCAUCUGUUGAUGCACUGCCAGUAUCCAAGUCCGUGCACUAAAUCUCUGGGAGAUGUAAAAAAGUCCUUCCUCCUCAUCCAUAUGGGCUGAAAACUGGAUUCUGCUCUGUAAAUCAUUCAUCUCGUGCUUUUUAAGAGUGGCCUACCUUUCCCCUUGGGGCCACUGGUCUUGAAUGUAUUUAUUUUUCUGGCAGAGAGCCACGAAUGAAUCAUAGCCCUGAGCAGCUCGUUGUGAACUCCUCACCAUUGUUAAGAGAGUUCUUGGGGCAGUUGUUACAGAGCUUUGCUAUGUAAAACUUUUAAGAGAAGAGAGAUUGAUUUCAGCCUUGUUAGCUGCUUUUGAAGUCCCCACCAGUUGUGUGGAAAUGAUUUCUUCUGCUCUUACAGCUGAAAUCCACUAAAAUAACCGGGGAUUGUUGCACGGGAAGCUGGGACAUGGGAAUAUGUUACUGCCUCUUUGUCCUAAUGAGGUGUGGUUGUUCUUUCACCAAAAAAAAACUCACUUCAGCCUUUCGUUCCAUUUGUAACUUUCCUGUUUAUACCUUCCUGCUCCAUUUCCAUACUUUAUUGUUUCUCUUCUUGACUUAAUUCUCAAGUCUUUCAUUCUGUUCUUCAGACAUCCCUCUUUUCUGGCUGGGCUGUUCCACCAUGGAUAUUGUUUCAUGCUCCCUCCCCCUUUUUCCUGUGUAGCAGAGCUUUCAUUAAAGGCAACCAGGCAGAUGAUUUAUUUCUGAUGUCUUAAAAGGCUUCUUUGUAAUGAAGAGCCUGGACCCAAUCAAACUGCUGAGGGUUUGUGUAGGUGAGUCAGCAGCAUGGGCCUCACUGCCUCAGACAUCCAUCCUGCUCCAGAGGGAAUGAACUGGAUGACACAGGAAGAAGGGGAAAUCAAAAAAUCCAAAAUGUGACUGCGUACAUAAUCAUUUGGCUGCUCCUAAACUCGGUUUGGGGAGGGCACAAAGCUGAGCCCUCACAGGCUGCUGACCUCCAUCAGCACAUGUGUGAUGUGUUCCUCAUGGCUUGCACAGUUCCCCUUCUCCAAGUGCUGGAACAGGGAGUUUUGACUGUGGGACCCUCCAAAUUCCAGCUGUACCUGUUAGUGCAGAGCCUGAAUUUCUCACCUGUGCUUCCCUGAGGCCUCUCUUUAGGUUCUGUUGACCUUCACUGUCAGCAAGUGGGAGUCAGCACUGCAGCCUGAGCACAAGGAAGGUGCCCAUGGGCAGCUGAGCUGGGAUCCCUUCCUGGCAGGAACACUUGGCAGCAUCCCAGAGCUUCCUGAUGUGUGCAGCAAACACCUGUGCCAGAAUUGGGAGGAUCAGGAUGGACACAGAGGCCAGGAUUCCUGGGUGGCUGAGGGAGCUGAACCUUGUUCUUCACACUGAGGUGCUAAAGCAGGAGCCUGCUGUGACUUGGGAAAGUUCAGAAUGAGCACAGCCCUUGGUGAGUGUCCAGUGCAGGGGGAUCCAGGCAGGGCUGUGACUCAUGCCUUUUCCCAGCAAUUAAUUUAAAAAUAGAAUUGAAGCUGAAAUAUGCUCUGAAGGUCAGAGUAUCAGGUCAGUGUGUUUCUGAUGGUUUUUCCUGGGUAAGGUGUUGAGAGAGAGCAAAGUGUUCUUCAUUUUCCAAGUCACUCUGCUGGCCUUACAGUCUGUGUAGAAAAUGAAUUUUCUUUGUGUUCCUACUGCAGGAAAAAGAGACAUUACCUCCACAUAGCUGUUUUCUGCUCUGCUUUUUGUUUGACUCAACAGUUGCUCUGUCACGUUUUAUACUCUGGUUUCCCGAAGUUUUGUGACUUUAUUUACCUGUUUUUCUAGAUAAAAAUCUCCAGCACAGUUGCUAACUGAUCCUGAACUUAAUGACUGCCUUAGGGAGAGGGAGUAAUCACUUUACUCCUGCAUGUUUUAACCUCUUACUCAGCCUGCUUCAAUCAGAAAUGUUUAGAAAUGGAUUAAGUUUUACUACAUGAACAGGAAGCCUCAGACCAUGCAUUCUGAAAUUAUUCAUGCAAACUCCAAAUAUUUUAUUUACAUCUUUAGUAUGAGAACUUCCAUGCAAUUUUUGCCUGCAUAAUCCAGCGUUCUGCCAAGUCCUUUCCAGUAGUGGUGGGGAGUGCUUGGAUGGUUUUGCACAAUUUUUUCUGAGAAAUGGAAGGUCUUGCAGCUGCAAAGACAGACCGAAAAUCUCUGCAAGUGUAGUGGGUAUAGGGAGUUCUUCCUAGUUUUCAAUUUGAAUUUGAUCUUGAGGAGUUUGCAGCCACAAGGAGCUGUCUUUAAAAGCAAAACAAAGAAAAAACUGACCAAGAACCAGCACUCUGUGUUUUGGUUCCUUCACUUCCCUUUGUUGCACUGAUACUUUCUUUAAAAGCCCUGAACCUGAUAUUUAAGAUAGCUCCCCUACUCAAUUAAAUAAGCCAAGUAAAUAGUAAAACAUCUCAUUAUUGAAUUAAUUUGUAUUCCUUCUCUGUAUGGGAUCUCUUUAGCUCCACAGUGCACUUGGUAAAUUGGAAAGCUUGUGUUCCCACACAGUGAUUAUUUACUUAAUCUCUGCCUGCUGCCAAAGCUUCUCCAAACCUCCUAUUUUAAAAUUCAUAGUGAAGCAUGGGAGGGGAGCAUUCAGUGGUUUUUUUUGGUUUUGUUUGUGGUUUUGGUUUUUUCUUUUAAUAUUGCCAUCCUCGAGUUGCCUUGCUCUCAGCAGUGGUGGAGAGUCUGGCUCACUCUCUGUACUGCAGUGAGAGCCAAGAAGUUUUUCCCUUCCUAGGAUGCUUCAAGAAGGGCUGACACAGAGCAGCUCCCACUGUCUGCCUCACCAUGCUGUCACACUGCUUUGGCUUUACAGCCUGGGGCAAAGCUUUUUAAAACCAAAUUAUUUGCACAAGGAAUUCUAGACAAUUUUUUUUUUUUCCCUCUCUUUCUUUCCCCUCAUUGCCUCCCAAGUCUGGGGUUGGGUGAGCUUGUGCUCAUCCUGCACAGCCCUGUUAACCCUGUCCCUGCAGCCCUGCCUUAGGUUCUUGCCAAGGAGGAGCCUGAGUCAGCAGCACUUUGGCAGUUUGAAGGUGAGUUCCCUGCAGACAAAUCAGAUGGAUGAGGAAAUCCAUCACUGCACUUCCAAUUCUUACAGCAUUUUUAAAUGGAUUAUAUGUAAGGGUUGUAUUUGCACAGCUGCUUUUCAAGCAAGAAUUGGUUUAUUUUCCUUUAUGUUUUUGCUGUUUAAAGAGUGUCUCCUCUGUUGUUUGUCUUGUUUUUAUGUGACUAAUUUUAGCAGGAUUCCCUUUCCAGUACAAAAUUGAAAAUUGGUGUGUUAUUUUUAUUAGAGAACCAUAGGAUCAUUCAGGUUGGAAAAGCCCUCCCAGACCAACCAAGUCCAGGCUGUGUCCUGUCCCCACCUUGUCCCCAGCCCAGGAGUGCCACAUCCAGGAAUUCCUUGGACACCUUGGGAUGGACACUCCAAACCUCCCUGGGCAGUUCCAAGGCCUGAGCUCCCUUUCCAUGGGGAAAUUCCUGCUGCUGUCCCUGCCCACCUCAGGGCCAGCCUGAGGCCGUUCCCUCUCCUCCUGUCCCUGUUCCCUGGGAGCAGAGCCCAAACCUCCCGUGAGCCAUUUGGGGAAAAAUCCCUGGGAAGGGCACACCUGGAAAGCUGAGGAGAGCCCCCUUGUCCUGAGGAGAUGACUGACCUGAGUCCAGAACGCCCCAGUCAGGAAGAGUCCCAAGCCUGCAGUAAUUAGCCAGUAGUAAUUAGAUCAGGCUGCAAGAAGUGCAGAGCUGGGCCCCAGGAACAGGGUGACAGGGUGGGUGUUUGCAUCCAGCAGAUGGGACUGAGCUUCUUCCAGAGUGAUUCCAUGUGCAUCCUUAGCUGAGAGAUGGGUGCUCCUAAAGGCUUUGGGCACCCCUUGGUGCCCAGUUCCUCUGUCCAGUGACCUGCUGCUGGUGGCUUUGGUGUGGAAGGAAUCCUGGUGACUGAAGAGCCUUUUCUUGCAGCCUGCAAGUGUCUGGGAGUUGUGGAGCUUACCAUGAAUUAAUGUGGAAACUCUGAGAAUAACUUUGCAUCUCAUCUUGAGCUGCAACCUGUUUGUGAUUUUAAUGAUCCCACUUGGACUGAAGUUCAUCUGGUCCUGUGUGAGAGACAGGAGACCAAUCAAAUAGGCAGUGAAAUCUGUUGUGUGGAUGUUUAGUGCAUAAUGAAGAGGUUACUCUGCAUAUUUACCUUGAGCUGUGGGUCACUGCCUGCACUGACCUUUCCUUUACACUGAAUUUGCCAUUUAGAGUUCUGCUGUGAACCAUCUGUGGUCUUUUUAUCAGUGUUUAACAAAACUUUAACAAAUUAAAACCAGGGGGUUGUGGCUAGGGGUUGCUUUUAAUUUGUUAAUCUGACACUCCUUUAGUAUUCAAUUUUUUUCAGCUGUCUUGUCUGUCUUCAUCUUAUGGGAACCUCCAUGGGGUGCAAUCUUUUCUAGAACAAAGCGAGCAAAAAGUACCUGUGGUUAAAUGUUCUGAGAGAGCAGAGUUGGUGGUGUUCAUGUUCUGUGUGAGUCUGAAAGUAUCUCAUUGUUUGCUUGAAGAUGAUGCUGCUGUUCUGACCCUGCUCCAACUGAAAUUAUUCUGUCUCUUUUCAUCUUCCCUUGGAUGAUGGGGCAGACAAUUAUGAAGAGGGCAAGCUUUGUCUUGAAGCAGGUAAUAAAUAACCAUCUCCAUCAACUUACAGUUUGGAUCAACUUGUCUGGCUGGAAUUACUGCAAUUUAACACAUUGUGGUGUAAUGAAUAAUAAACUAUCUUCAAAAAAAAAAA